AUCGAACCACCACCAUGGAAACCGACCAGUGCGCAUUUUGACUUCAGUCUGACGGAAGGUCCCAACCUGCCUGGAUCGAGACACAGGCAGGUGUCGAAUCUAUUUGUACCGGUCGUUGUUGCCAGCCGCGUUCACGUCGCAUCCUCCGGUUUCGUCGUGGAUCCUCCGAGGUCGAGAGGUCAAAGCGCGGUGCCGUAUAGCGAGGACAGAGAGCAAGAGUGUCGUCGAGGGGGUUGCGUUCGCAGGACCGAGCCGGGAUUUAUGGAACCACCCCAUGGAUAGUAACAUGUCAACUGCCGCCUUCAUGCACCGGUCGGGUGGCUCCUCCAGCGCGUCAAACGCUGGCACGGGAUCAUCGACCGGUGGAGGUCCUGGGAACCCGGCAGGAGGCGGCAGGAUGGCCGUCAUCGGCGUGACUAGGAACGUACGUUUGAGACGUCGCGGUAACGCCGGCUUCGGAUUCUCCUUACGGGGUGGACGCGAAUACGCCGCCGGAUUUUACGUCAGCGAUGUCCAACCAGGAGGCGAGGCUCACAGAAAUGGAUUAAGGGUAGGAGAUCAGAUUUUAAGGGUGAACGGUUACCCGGUGGAGGAUGCUGUUCAUCAGGAAGUCGCGCUUCUGGCAAAAAAUCAGCAAGUCUUGGUCCUCAAAAUUCGAAGCGUGGGGAUGAUACCUGUAAAGGACAAUCCGAACGAUCCGGUUACCUGGCACAUGGUACAGCAACAACAGCAACAACUGCAAUACAACGAAACGGGUUUAGGUAACGUGCCGAACACAGAAGUCAGGAUUCGGAUUCUCGUCGGCGAGAAGGGUCGUCUAGGUUGCGGUGUCUGCAGGGGCAUUGUACCUGGUCUCACUGUCCAGGGCACGAGAGAAGGUGGACCUGCGCGAGCUGCAGGUCUGAAGGCGGGCGACGUAAUAAUCUGGUGCAACGGGCAACGGCUCACCGAUCUGCCAUUCGAGCGGGCCAUCGAGGUGAUGCGCAGUUCGGCGAUCCUCGACCUCGUGGUGCAACGACCCGCGGUACCCAAUCAUCUUUACGACUGCCCCGAGCCGCUGUGGACGCGCGGCUCCAGCGGCUACGACUCCGAGACGUCUAGCGUUGUGGCUGCGAGUCCGCCGUCUCAGCAUCAAAAUAAUGCGCCGCCCUCGCCACAGCAUCAUCAUCACGAUUGCAGGCAUCAGCGGUAUCCGCGCGACGACGCCUGCAACCGAAACGGCAGGAUAUGCUGUCCUCUCGCAUUGUCGACCAGUAGCUGCAGUUCCUCCUCGGAGUGGGCACACGUGGACCAGGCGCCGGAAUGGUCGCGAAAACCAAAUAACACGACCGUGAUUCGUGUUAAUCAGAGCUCGAACCAGAAUCACCGGCCUAUACCGGGUGGACAGUAUCACUUCAACUCGCGCGGCAAUUACGAGGACGACAUCGACAACGAGCCGCUUUACGAUCCGGUCGCGCCCAGGAUUGACUACGAGGUGCACGAUUUCGAUGCCAAUCCGCGAGACGAGGCGAAUCGACGGCUGGCCUAUCGACGAGAUAACGCGAGGCAACAGCAGGACGUGAUUUAUGACGGACCAGCUGACGACUUGCCCAUGUACCAUGGCUCCAAAGAGAACGGCCAAGCGGUCGGCAAUCGAUUGACGGACCUGCAGAGGCAGAGCGAGGCCGAGAGGAAGACGAUAACGACCGUCGAGGUGCAUCAGUCAGUUUGUCCACCUGCACCUCCGCCGCCGCUUCCUUACAAAUGGCCAGCAGAGACGAAACCGAUGAACGCUAUGGGCAUGCAAAUGGGCAGUACCAUGUCGAUGGGCAGUACCGGUUCGACAGAAACUGAAUCGAGCCUCGAGUCGUCUUGCAGCAAAGACUCCGCGUCGACAUCGUCCUCCCUAUCGACAUCGUCGUCUUGUGAACCAGCAUCAACUGUUUCUUACGGAUCGGCAACCGGUGGGUCCAGCAGCGUCAUCAGCAAAACUACAGAGACAUCGACGACCGCAUACGCGACGCCACGCAAGGAUGUCGCCAGGACGUCGCCGAUCGCCAGCACUGAUCUGAGCACUGCCAUCGCACAAGAAUUGCAGAGGCGAGCGCAGCAGAGGAUGAACAAUGCCGCUAAAGCAGAAGUGUCACAAGAAAAAACGGACAUCCGCAAACCUCAGAAUGUGGAAUCUCUAAGGUCGCAGGAACAAAAAGUGACACACGAUAAACUGAUGGAGGAAUUUAAACGUGCACACCAAAAGAUGUUCAACUCUGCUCAGCAAAAGGCGCAAUCCUUGGAUCAAGUUCCUGAGAAGGAACAAGAAAAAAGGAUGCUGAAUGAGACCUCGACAACGAUGACAGCAACAACAGCGAUGACAACGACGACGACGACAACGACAACGAUGAGUCCUGCAAUGCCUCCUCCGGCACCUCCACUUCCGCUUCCUUCGAAAAAUCGAAACAACGAUGACUUGGUGGAGAUGCAAAGUAUCGAAUCGUUCAAACUGAAGGAGACACCUAACACAGUGCCGAAGCCACCGCCGACAUACUUUCCGGUGACGAACCCCGCCUUGAACGGAAGUCCACGCCAUAUUGGUACCGGAAGCAAGGUCCCCAAGGAUGCUGCGACGAGUCCCGUCGCGGAAUUCGCCAAGACAUCGCUUACAUCGGUUUCGCCGACCAACGGCGCACAGGUCUCGAAAUCUGUUACUGGCAGCAAAGUGGCUGUCAGGAUAGGAGCGUACGAGGGUGAAACAAAACAGCCAUCCAGAUUGGAAUUCUUGCCACAACAGCCAAAUCGCGACUGUAGAAACGGCGACGAGGCGGCCAACAGUCCUGUCGUGUCCAGGUUGCAGAACGAGCUCGCCGCGACCCUGCAGAGGUCAAACCUCAGAAAAAAGACUGAAGCAGAAAAUCAGUCGCCCGUAAAGACUAUUUCCGAAAAUGCGGCGACGUCCAGUAACGGUACAACGAAUUCUGAGCCGAACAAGCUUCUCCAGAGCAAUGUCGAAAAGCUCGCGUCUGCUCUCAGCAACAAAGUCACCAUCAGAGUGAAUCCGGAGAACAGUAGUCGAUAAAAGUGUAAUUGAGUCGAGAAAAUGUAGGAACAAUCUUUGUAUGUAUCUUCGUAAAUUUUGUACAUUUUUGCACGUUUCGACGCUAACCAUUUAUUAUAAGUAAAACGGCGCUCCCUCUAUUAGUGAGGUUCUUUUACACACAGGUACGUGUUUUUUAUAUCUUAUUUAUUAUCGUAUUAUACACCGAGUAAAUGGAAUGAAGGAGCUAAUUCUUAUUAAUCGACGAGGUUUUACGACCAGUAUUUACCACGUAGUCCCUUAUCUUUGAAUGUAAUCUAUUACGAUCGCGACUCUAUGUACGAAUAUUAACAGAAAAUUCAACGAGAUGUUGAAUUUUUAAAUAAAAACGACGAUAUACUUAA